GUAACGACGCUGGGAGCUCCCCGUGCCAAAAGUUAAGGAGCUCGCGGACAAGACAACAUCAUUAAGCUGAAUUAGUUUAGUAAAAAAAAAAAAAAAAAGAAAGAAAAGAAAAGAAAGAAAGAAAAAACAAAUGUAACGCAGAAAUUUGAGUACAUUAGCUUUUAAUUAAUACUAGGAGGUAUUUUGACGUAGGACACUGUGACAGACGGCAGGUGGAUCUAAUCAGGAACUGAUUGAACCAGCUGCGGAACAUCAUAUGGAAGAAUCUACUGACCUGUAUGCUGAGUAUGAGACAAAUGGCCACCCUCCCUGGGCAGACCACCACCAGUCUGGGGAGGAUCUGGAUAAUGUGGACUGCCUCAGAAGAAAGAUCAAAUAUUACUUCAUGAACCCCUGUGAAAAGUUCCAUGCUCGUGGUCGAAAACCAUGGAAACUUUGUUUACAGAUUAUCAAAAUUGCAAUUAUUACAAUGCAGUUGGUGUCUUUUGGUCUCAGCAACCAGAUGGUAGUCACAUUCAGGGAAGAAAAUCUGAUGACAUUCAAGCACCUUUUCCUGAAAGAUUAUGUGGAUGGAAGUAUGGAUACCUAUGCUGUUUACAGACAGACAGAUGUUUAUGAUCACCUUGAUUAUAUUAUUCAACAGUAUGGACAUCUGCACAACACCACUGUGGGAAAUCAUGAAUAUGAGAAAGAUGGUGCUUCCUACACUCCACUGUCACUGUGUCAGUCAUACUACAGGAAUGGUACCAUCUAUCCUGGAAAUGAGACCUUUGAAAUUGAUGCCCAGGUGGAAACUGACUGUCUUGAUGUGUAUCCUAUGUAUCAUCCAUCACUGAGGGGAGUGCUUCCUGAUUUUGAACUGCGUUUCAAAACGAUGAUUUCUGUCAACGUCAGGUUUGUUCUUAAGGCCAUAAAUUUACAGACAGUUAGACAUCGAGAGCUGCCAGAUUGUUAUGACUUCACUGUCAUGAUCACUUUCAACAAUCAAGCUCACAGUGGAAGGAUAAAAAUUGACCUGGAAAAUGAUGUAGACAUCAAUGAAUGCAGAGACUGGAAAGUCACCGGUGCAUCUCCCAGGAACAUUCACCUGACGCUGCUGUUUGACUCCCUGAUCAUUAUUACAUGCAUCAUCUCCUUCACUCUCUGUAUGCGCUCUGUGCUCACCGGGAUUCGCCUGCAGAAUGAAUACACACUGUACUGCAGGAAACACACUGGAAAGGACGUCCCAUGGUCAGACAAGUUAGAGUUUGUGAAUGGGUGGUACAUCCUCAUCAUUGUCAGUGACACGCUGACCAUCAUUGGCUCCAUUCUGAAGAUAGACAUCCAGACUAAGGUCCUCACAAGCUAUGACGUCUGCAGCAUUUUUCUCGGAACGGGAACUAUGUUUGUCUGGAUUGGUGUCAUCCGCUACAUGGGCUACUUUAAGAAGUAUAAUAUUCUCAUCCUGACACUCAGGGCAGCGUUCCCAAAUGUUAUCCGGUUCAUCUGCUGCGCUGGAAUCAUCUACCUGAGUUAUUGCUUUUGUGGAUGGAUCGUUCUUGGUCCCUAUCAUGAAAAGUUUCGGACAUUGAACACAGUUUCGGAGUGUCUGUUCUCCCUGAUCAACGGAGAUGACAUGUUUCCCACCUUUAAGAACAUGAAACAGAAGAGCAGCCUGGUGUGGGUUUUCAGCAGAGUCUACCUCUACACCUUUGUCUCGCUCUUCAUCUACAUGAUCCUCAGCCUUUUCAUCACAAUCAUCACAGAUACUUACGACACCAUCAAGCAACAGCAGCAGAGUGGAACCCCAACAACAGAGCUGCAAAGAUUCCUGUCUGAGUGUAAUGAUCUGCCAAACUCUGGGGUGUACAGACUCAAGGAGGACAACUGCUUUUUAAACUGCUGCAUUAACAGGUAUUUCAGAGAAAAUUGCUAUUCCAAGUUUAAUAAUUGGCACCCUUGUGAAAAAGCAAACCAAUUUAGGACUAAUGAGAGCAAAAACAUGGUCAGUGUCUCAAAGACUUACUACUUUGUAGUCACCAGAUGUAACAUCUAGUUAUUUUUCUCCUUUUUAGGUUCAGGAAAGAUCAAGAGAUGCUGACUUCAGAGGCAUAGAGGUCCUUUGUAAUGGUAUACCUGUAAACAAUUUGCACUUUAUAUAUUGUAUUCAGUGGUGGGAGGAAGACUGAGGUGUUUGAUUUAUUUAAUGUCUGAUCAAAUGUUAAAAUUAGUCAGUGUUGAAAAGACCUUUUUGUCAUUCUACAGAGCACUUUAAUUAGUUUAGAACACUGAAUUCUGGUCUCAACAUGAAGCACUGACAUAAUACAACCUUACAAUGGAUUUCCUUAAAAUGCUUUGCUGAUGUAGAGAUUGUGGAGUUUCCUGAACAUGUAAAAGGAUGUGGUAUAAAGACUUAAAAUAAAUAUACUGGAGUGUAAACAAAAGGAGGCUUUAUUUCUCCAAAAUCAGGAGAAGUAAAACAAUAUAAAAGCUAAAUUAACAUCUUUUUUUUGUUUUUUACACUAGUUAAAAUGUGGUUAAAAAGAAGAAAAAUCCCAUUCAUUUCAGAAGUUCAAGGCAAAAUUACAAACACUAUUAAAACAUCGCUUCUAACCAUUUUAAAAUGUUUUUAGAGGCAGAUAAUGAUUCCAACCGCCACAAAAGUUCAGUGUUAGUCAAAGGGACAAUUUCCAGAGACGGGAUUUAUCAUUUGACCCUGAAUGGAAGGAGUAAAGACCUCUGAGAUGAAUUCCAACCAACAUGUACCUCUUGUAAAGACUUUGUGGAAUUUGCAACUUGCCUCUAGCAGAACAUGCAACGUUCCACUUCACCUUCCUGUAGAACGUCUCAAUGUAAGACCUUCAUCACAGGAAUCUGCAAAGUUCAGUUUGUUCUUGCUCCCGUUACCUUUGGUUUGGCUCAAGACACUGGAAUAGAGUAUCCUUACAGUUUGUGCAAUAGACACACCUGAGGUUAGUAUCUAGAGUAGGCAGUUGUUGCUAAUUAGUGGAGGUCUCUU